AUGGCCUUCCCCGACCGUCCGCCCCCGCCCCAGUUCGCGGUUGUCUCCCAAUCCGGCUCAUCCAGCCCCAGACCCUCCCAGACCCGCCUCAACCGCUCCACCCGGCCGGACCCAGGUGUGUUCGGCCACAUCCCUGGCGCGCCCCCCGGGCCGCGGUGGGAGAAGAGGAUCGACGGCAGCCAGGCCGGCGUCCAUGCCCCUGUCCAGAGCGGCAUCUCCGGCACCGAAGACAGGGGCGGCGCCAAGAGCGUGACCCUCAACGACGGCUACCACGAUGGCGACUGCGGCGACAUCAUCUGGUACAUGGGAUCCGGCGGAUUCGUCCUCAAUUGCCAGAAGAAAUCCAUCAUGCAGAGGGACCAAGACCCCAAAAGCAACACCAAUCGUGCCUUGUGGGCAUCGCUCGUCACCCGUCGUCCAGUCCGAGUCGUCCGGGGUUCUGAUGCCCAACAUUCUGCAUGGGCGCCCGGGAAUGGAUACCGUUACGAUGGUCUCUACGAAGUCACGUGUUUCGAUAUUGUCAGAGAUCCUUCAGGACUCACGGACUACAGAUGUCUGCUCUCCCGCAUGGAAAGGCUCAAGCAAGAUCGCUACGCCCUCCCCAUCAAAUGGGACAUGCACGGCUGGGCGCACACAAAAGCCAACGAAGGGCGAGACCGGCAACGCGCAGAAGAUGCCGGCCUAAAUACCCCCAACAACCUCCUCGAGCGGAGCAAAGUCCGCCGCCCUCAAGAGUCCACCGCCUCCCAGUCACGGCCCACGUCUGCCCCACACCCGCCGCCGCCUCCUCCCCGUCAGUCCUUCCUGACUCCUUCCCACCGACGCCCGCCCCUUCAAGACUUGGCCAACCGCAACCGCCCGGCCAACCCGCCCCUUGCCGCUACAGCCGCCCAACUGGGAUUCCUACAAAGCUCCAUCACGAGAGAAGCUUUGGAGAAAAUCAAGUUUACUCGCAAGCCGGCUGCUCCGGCUGCCGGCUCCUCCAAAAGGCCUGCAUCCCCUCCUGCCGCCCAGACCCAACUCCCUGCCCCUGCCCGUCCCCCUUCUCCUCGGUUGCCCUCAGCUGCCAUCCCCACAGCUCCUGCCUCGCUGAAAACAGGGCCAACAAGCGCCCCAGCUCGUGCGGCCUCUCCUCCAAAGUCUCGGCCAGCUGCCAGCCCCGCAGCUCGUCCGCUGGAGAAAACAGCACCCAUCAACCCCCCAGCUCGUGCUGUGCUGCCUCUCCUCAGUUCCACACUUGUCUCAACAUUGGAAUGGAGGCAUACCUGA